UCCUUUUGCAAUCAAUUUAACUGUUGAUCACACCAAAUUUCAAUCUCACAAGCUUCAUAUUGCUACUAUUAUUCAAUAAAGUUCCUUUUUUUUUCUUUAAUAAGUGCAAUACACUUGAGAAACAAGAAACCCUUCAAUGAUCUCAUCAACAAAACAAUCCCAACCAUGAUUCACAAACAACCCAAAGAACCCAAUUUUAUUUUCAUAUCAAUCCUUAUACUUUCAUUCCCCUUUAUAAUUCAAUCCUCAAAUUGCAACCGAUCAUGUGGUGGCAACCAUGUUCCUUACCCAUUUGGCUUCUCCCCUACCUGCCAAAUCCCACUAAAUUGCACCACCACCGCCCACCACCAUCACCACCACCAUAUUGCCGGUUUCCCAAUCCUAAACAUAAACCAAAACCAUAUAAAAAUCAGCAUUGAAGCCACUUGUGAUCGUCCACUUCAAGCUCUCCAUCGUCUUUAUAGCCAAAACUACGCCCCAACAUCUCGUAACGCAAUCUUAUUACAAAAUUGCUCCUUACCAUCACCAUGCAUGAUACCAUCUACCAUGGUUUACACUCAUUUUGAGUCCCUUACUUGUUCUCCUAAUAAUAGUAACAUUAGUUGCUAUUCGGAAAAGAAAAGUAAUGGUUUUCUUGAUUAUGAUAAGGUGAUUGGGACGAAUUGUGGGUCGUUUUUGUCGUCGAUAUCGACGGAAUCUUUUAAUGAAUCGGGUGUGUUGGAAGUACAAGUGGUGGAGCUAAGGUGGUGGAUUGAAGGACAGUGCUCGGAGUUAUGUUCUGAGAAUGCUGUUUGUGAUGAAAUUGUUUCGCCGGUUAAUCGACGGCCGGGAUCGUAUUGUAGGUGUCGAAAUGGGUUUGUUGGUGAUGGAUAUCGUGCCGGCGAUGGUUGCCGGAAAGCCUCUUCCAAUUGUAACCCGGCGAGGUACGUUUCCGGUGAAUGCGGAGGAACGGCUCGAGUCAUUAUGUUAAUCGGAGGCAUUGCAGUUGGAGCUUCUUUAAUGAUUUGUGUAGUUCUCACAUGUUGCUUCGCGCGCAAGAAAUCGAGUUCGAGAACCAAACACAGCAUGAAAAGACUGUUUUCCGAUGCAUCGGGCAUCAAUAUUCCGAUUUACACAUACAAAGAAAUAGAGAAAGCUACAAAUGGUUUCUCAGAGAAACAAAGGCUUGGAACUGGAGCAUUUGGGACAGUCUAUGCAGGCAAACUACAUACCAAUUCAUGGGUUGCUAUUAAAAGGAUCAAGCAUAGAGACACCGAUUGUAUCGAGCAAGUCGUGAACGAGAUCAAGCUAAUAUCAUCCGUAAGUCACCCGAAUCUAGUUCGUUUAUUAGGUUGUUCCAUGGAAAACGGUGAACAAAUACUCGUUUACGAGUUCAUGCCUAAUGGAACAUUAUGCCAACAUUUACAACGAGAACGAGGUGAUGGACUUCCUUGGCCGGUUCGACUUACCAUCGCUACAGAAACUGCACAAGCCAUUGCUUAUUUACACUCUGCUAUAGACCCUCCUAUAUACCAUAGAGACAUCAAAUCUAGCAACAUACUUUUAGACUACAAUUUCAAGUCCAAAGUAGCUGAUUUCGGUCUUUCUAGGCUCGGAAAAACCGAGACAUCCCACAUUUCAACAGCUCCACAAGGAACACCGGGAUACCUUGACCCUCAAUACCAUCAAAACUUCCAUCUUUCCGAUAAAAGCGAUGUUUAUAGCUUCGGGGUUGUUCUAAUCGAGAUCAUAACAGCAUUGAAAGUGAUAGACUUCUCAAGACCACCAAAUGAAGCUAACUUAGCAUCCAUUGCUACUGAUAGAAUCAGCAAGGGACGUUUAGAUGAGAUCAUAGACCCAUUUUUAAACCCCAACAGUAAUGAUCCAUGGACAUUAUCAUCAAUCCACAAGGUUGCGGAGCUAGCCUUUAGAUGUUUAGCAUUUCAUAGAGACAUGAGACCUACAAUGAUGGAUGUAGCAAUGGAAUUGGAACAAAUUAAGCUAAGUAGAUGGGUACUUGGAGAAGAAAUCAAUUAUGAAGGUGCUUCAUUAGAGGCGUCACCUUGUUCUUCUUCAUCAAAUCUAAGUGAGCAACCAUUAAGCAAGGGAAUUAAUAAGAAUGGUGGAGUUCAAAAUAGAAAUGGCUUGUUCAUGCUUCAAAUGAGUAAUGUUGGGUUUAUGAAUUUAAUGGAGAAAAUGAAGGAUCAUUCACCAGUAUCAGUGCAAGAUCCAUGGUUGAGUGAACAAAGCUCACCUUCUUCAAGCUACCUGUUGAAUAAUGUAACCCAUUAACUAGAAAAGUCAAACCUUUCUUUUACACCAUUUUUGUAUGGGAUGUUCAAAAUAUUUAAGUUCAUGGAUAACUUUUUUAAUUUAUAAUAUUAUAAAAUUAUAA